AACACCUGCUUCUGUGAUUUCACUACGUUAAAAAAAUGGAACCUCCUUUUCACCAAGUGUGAAACCUUUUCCUCUUCCUGUUCCGCACUGCACACACAUGCAACUUUCUUUUCUUUCCUUUUUCCUUUUAGUUUCCUACACAUAGAGAGAGAGAAAGAAUCAGAAGAGAAGAAAGUAGAAAGAAUCAGACAGGCUUAACCAUGUCAGACUCACACCUGACUUUUUGUUUUCUUUCUUCCAUCCUUGCUCUUAUAGUCAUCACCUUCAUUUUCACCAAAAGAAAGAAACCAACCCUUAAUCUUCCCCCUGGCCAAACGGGGUGGCCCCUCCUUGGGGAAACCAUAGGGUAUUUGAGGAUUUACAAAGCUCUUACACUAGGAGAGUUUAUGCUGAACCACAUAGCAAGGUAUGGAACCAUUUACAGGUCAAACUUGUUUGGGGAGCCAGCCAUAGUGUCAGCAGAUGCAGGGUUGAACAAGUUCAUAAUGCAGAACGAAGGGAAGUUGUUCGAGGCUAGUUAUCCUAAGAGCAUCGGUGGAGUACUUGGAAAAUGGUCUAUGUUGGUCAUAGUAGGAGACAUGCACAAACACAUGAGGAACAUAUCACUCAACUUUCUCAGCUAUUCCAGGGUCCGAACUCUACUAGUUAAAGACAUCGAUUACCAUGCCCGUCAUGUUAUUUCUUCGUGGAAACAUAAUUCUAUAGUAUCAGCUCAAAACGAAGCAAGAAGGUUCACCUUCAAUUUAGUGGCGAAACAAAUCAUGAGUUUGGAUCCUGGUCAACCGGAGACAGAAAAAUUGAAGAUAGAAUACGUCUCUUUCAUGAAGGGUGUUGUAUCUCUUUUUCCUUUGGAUUUGCCCGGAACAGCAUACAGGAAGGCAUUAAAGGCUAGGUCCACCAUUCUGAAGUUCAUAGAGGCGAAAAUGGAAGAGAGGGCGAAGAGGAUCGAAAAGGGUGAGGCAGUGGAGGAAGAUAAUGAUCUUCUAAACUGGGUUUUGACUCAUACAAAUCUUUCAAAUGAGCAAAUACUUGACUUGAUAUUGAGCAUGCUCUUUGGUGGUCAUGAAACCUCGUCGGUAGCUAUAUCUCUAGCUAUUCACUUCUUGCCCGGUUGUCCUCGAGCUAUGCAACAACUCAGGGAGGAACACGUGGAAAUAGUCGCUUCCAAGAAGAAGACAGGAGGGGAGGUUGAAUUGACUUGGGAUGAUUACAAAAAAAUGGAGUUUACUCACUGUGUUUUGAACGAAACACUUCGACUAGGGAAUGUUGUGAGGUAUCUUCACAGGAAGGCUAUUAAGGAUGUUCAGUACAAAGGUUAUGACAUUCCACGUGGGUGGAAAGUUCUUCCGGUGAUUUCAGCUGCACAUUUCGAUCCUCAACACUAUGACCAACCUCACCAAUUCAAUCCAUGGAGAUGGCAGGGAAGUAAUAGUAAAACUGAUAAUAACCAUUUCAUGCCAUUUGGAGGAGGAUCAAGGUUGUGUCCAGGGUCAGAGUUAGCGAAGGUGGAAAUGGCUGUGUUCAUCCACCAUCUCAUCCUGAACUACAACUGGGAACUUCUUGAAGGUGACGAACCUUUUGUAUACCCUUAUGUGGAUUUCCCCAAAGGUCUACCCAUCAAAAUCCAAGCUACAUCAUCCAUCUAAAGUGCAAACUCUCUCCACCUGCAACAUCAUUAGAUCUUUUCUUUCGUUUUGGUUCCUAGUUGUUUUUUUUUUUUUUUCAUUUCAUGCUUUUAGGAAAUAAAAUAAAAAACUAUGCUUGUU